AUCUCUGGCGCUUCCGGUUCAUACGCGAUGAGCAAUAUACCUUUGCGCGGCGUUAAUGGAGUGUCAUACCCGGUUAGGCUCACGACGUUCUUGAGCAGACUAAUGUACGAUCAAACGCAGGAGAAUUGCACCAAUUGGUUGCAAUGGGAGCGAAUUUAUCUUCAAACAGUAGUCAUCGCUUCGAGGCUGCCUGUGAUAUGCUUUUCUUUAAUGUUAAUGUCUCUUUUGCAACCCGCCACGGCCGUCUUCACCCCACAGCAUUCCGUAGGCGCACAAGUGCUGAAAAGCGGUGCGCCCAAUGCCUCCACGCCUCUUCUAGAAUGUCUGCAAGUGUCACCACCCGUAUUGAGUCCGGAUGCUUGCCAACAGACUCUGAUGGUCCACACAUUUGGUCUGUCCUACGGAAUGCCUUUUGUCGCCGAUUAUGCCCCGCCUGCGUGCGAUUUCAACCGCGUCACCAUCAACUUCACCGUUACGUCUGCCGGCAGACAAUUUGAUCGUCUGGGCCACGCUUGGUUCAAUGACACCGAGAUCUUUCGGACCUCUACGGCAGAGCCCACGCAGAACGGCAUCAUAUGGACCUAUACGAAAGACAUGAGCAGCUAUCUGUCUCUGUUCAAAGAGCCACAGAAACUCAUCUUUGAUUUGGGAAAUCUUAUCGACGAUACCUACACCGGCAGCUGGUAUACCACAUUGACUGCCAAUUAUUUUACCGGAGACGAUGUCGGUCCCGCCAACAUCAUCCUCCCAGUAUCCGCCCAAAAGUCUAGCUCGGACCAGCCCUCGCAAUUUGUUGUACCCGAAGUUCCAGCAGUAGCGGCCUUGACGCUGCCGCAGAACAUCAAAAAAGCUGUUUUCACGAUUUCUGCCAGUGGUCAAGCUGCAGAAGAAUUUUGGUGGGCCAACGUCCUCUCCACGGAUACGAAUGUGUUCGGCAAUGGCACCACACUCUACGGAUACUCGCCGUUCAGAGAAGUACAGCUCUACAUCGACGACAGCUUGGCCGGUGUAGUUUGGCCCUUUCCUGUCAUUUUUACUGGGGGUAUCGUCCCGGGGUUUUGGCGGCCUAUUGUUGGCAUCGAUGCUUUUGACUUGCUCGAGGAUGAGAUCGAUAUUACGCCCUUUCUUCCUGUACUUUGUGACGGGACUGAGCACAGUUUCGAGAUCAGAGUUGCUGGCAUUGAUAAUGCAGUGAACGGUUCUGCGAGACUUUCCAGUACUGUGGGCUCAAAUUGGGUCGUUAGCGGCAAAAUAUUCAUCUGGUCAGAUGUUGUUGGGAGUAUCACAAAAGGCACGACUCCAGUAAUAUCGGCUCCAGACCCCAAUUUGGAUGCUCUUUCGCACGUGGACCGCGCUGAGAAUGGAACGGUGAAAGCCUUGGAUUAUUCUGUGACAGCCACAAGAACUUUCUCUCUCAGCUCGAACGUCGAGACAUCCGAAGGCUCCAAAUUGGUUACGUGGUCACAAGACCUCCAAUUUUGGCUCAAUGGCCAGCUCACCAAUGGCGGGAACGACCAAAGUACUUCGCAAUCUACCAUCGGAAAUGCUACCUCAUCGCACGGUUACUCCAGGUCAUACGACUAUCCUCUUUGGGUCAUUUCUUCGUACAAUGUCCUCCCUGAUACCAACUUCACUAUUGAUGCAAAAAUGGGCCGGGGGAAGUAUGUACAACAAUUGGGUUCUCUCGCUUUUCCUACAGAAGUCCAAACGUUCGACUUUGCCUCCCACCGUGCACCCCUCGCGUUCAUCGGUAGUCAAAGCAACAAUUGGCAGAAUGGAACAGCGCACUAUCUGGGUGCCCCAGCCCUCAAAAAGUCGUUUGGGUCCGGAUCAACUGAGCAACUGCUCUCACUAGAUGGUGUUGUUGAUCUGAAUGCUAGUGGCAUAGACCUUUAUCGGCGUCACAUUGUAGCGGCCAAUGAUUCCAUCACGUAUGACCAAGAAUUUAUUGACGAUAGCUCGCAAGUCACCCAAGCAACGAUCACACAAGCAUCACAAGAAGAGACGAGACUGUUCGCGGAAUCGAGUAUCAAAGGAAUGUUGGGCAGGGGCCCAUUUUGA